AUGGGACACCGACGAUAUUUAUCAAUACACCAUGCAUGGAGGAAUAAUACACAAGUCGAUGGAAAGUCUGAACGGAGACCAACUCCAAGAAACUUUACAGGAGUUAAAAUACUACAACAAUUAGACACAGCAAGGAAGGGAAAACCAGGGAAACGUCCUGAUAAUGUUGACAGGAAGAGAAAACGUGAUUCAUAUGGAUUUGCUGCAAAUAUUUCUAAGAAUGUGAAUGUCAAGGAUGGUAAGAUCACGGGUUUGAAAAGUCAUGACUUUCAUGUUCUAUUCCAGCGGCUUUUUCCAAUAGGUAUAGGACCUUAUGUCAAUAAGGAGGUUGGAAAAAAAUUUCCUCCUACCUUCUUCGAUAUCAUGGUCCAUUUAGCAAUCCAUUUACCCUAUGAGGUGAAGAUGACUGGACCAGUGCAUACUCGUUGGAUGUAUCCAUUUGAAAGAGCUUUAAGAACAUUGAAAAAAUAUGUGAAAAACAAAGCUCGUCCAGAAGGUUCAAUUGCUGAGGGAUAUGUCAAUAAGGAGGCAUUGACUUACUGUUCGAUGUACCUUCAUGGUAUUGAAACUCAAUUCAACAGACCAAAACGUACUGGGGGCUACGAUAAGCAAAUAUUAUGUUACCCUCUAAUUGUUAUGCAUGCAUUUUCAAAAAUUAAAUCGACAAAUUUAUGUAAGGAUCCUAAUGUAAGCAAAGAGUUGUAUGCACUAGCAUGUGGACCAGAUUACAGAAUAAAAUCAUAUAGUGCAUGUGAUGUGAAUGGAGUUCGGUAUCGCACCAAAUCACGUGAUGCUGGACGUGUAACACAAAAUUGUGGCAUUUGGGUUGAAGGUGAAUCUUGUAAUUACUAUGAGCUAAUUGAGGAGAUUCUUGAACUGAAUUACAUUUUUUACCACAAAGUUGAACUUUUUAAGUGCAUGUGGUAUGACACAAAUGUAAGUAGAAAGAAUAUACACACAGACAUUGGCAUCACGAGCAUCAAUGUAAGUGCACAUUGGUAUGAAAAUGAACCUUAUGUGCUAGCUAGACAAGCUUGCCAAGUUUUCUAUGAGGAUGAUUAUAAGCUGGGUCAAAAUUGGAAGGUGGUUCAAAAGUUCCAUCAUCGUCGUGUGUUGGAUGUUCCAGACAAUUUGGAUGAAAGAGAUGAUGUUCAUCCGACACAAGUAGUAUUGCAAGAUAAAGAAGUGAAUGAAGAUACAUUGACCGGUAGUCUUAGUAAUAUGGAAAUCGAAGAUGAACCAUUGUUGAAUAGUAAAGACACUGAUGAUUCAGACUCAUUUGAGUAG